CUUCUCAGUCUCUCUCUCUAUAUUUCUAAACUGAUUAUUCAUCCAGCCUCUGACUCAGGGAGGGUGGGGACUCAGAGGCCUGCAGUACCAGUCACUUUUUUUCUCUCUCUCUCUCUCAGACAGUCUUUCAUUCACUCCCUCCCUCCCUGUCCCCAACUCUCUUCGGCUAACAGGCACUCCCGAGGACGGUUGUUAGUACAGACAAGCCGCUGCCCAAAAGAAAAGAAAAAAAAAAUCGGGGGAAUCGGGAGGGGCGACUGCAACAGGUUUGUCAAGAGGUUUUAAUUCUGUGAAGCCAAGUAAAGAAGGAAAAUGACAACUGAAGUGGGAACAUGGGUAGUCAAGUUUUAUGAGGACCUUAUGAAGCAUGCUGAUCCCCGGAUUAAUGCAUAUCCUAUGAUGCAAGGCCCUGGUCUUAUGACUGCCAUUCUAGUGGGCUAUGUCAUGUUUGUGCUGUAUCUUGGCCCACGUCUAAUGGCUAACAGGAAGCCCUUUGACCUUAAAGGGAUUAUGGUUGUCUAUAACUUUGCAAUGGUUGCUUUUUCUGCGUUUAUAGUCUAUGAGUUCCUUAUGUCUGGCUGGGCCACAGAUUAUACGUGGAGAUGUGAUCCUGUAGAUGUUUCAGACAGUCCUCAGGCUCUUAGGAUGGUUCGUGUUGCGUGGUUCUUCUUUUUCUCCAAAUUCAUUGAGCUGCUGGAUACUGUAUUUUUUGUACUCCGAAAAAAGAAUAGUCAGAUUACAUUCCUGCAUAUUUUCCAUCAUUCUGUAAUGCCUUGGACCUGGUGGUGGGGGGUCAAGUUUGGACCAGGUGGAAUGGGCUCCUUCCAUGCCAUGGUGAAUUCCAUUGUCCAUGUUAUCAUGUACUUCUAUUAUGGAUUGUCGGCUGCAGGACCUCAAUUCCAGAAAUAUCUCUGGUGGAAAAAAUACAUGACUGCUAUACAGCUUGUCCAGUUCGUGCUUGUCUCUCUUCAUGCCACCCAGUACUACUUUAUGGACAAAUGUGAUUACCAAAUUCCUCUGUUCGUUCAUCUGGUUUGGAUGUAUGGCACUUUCUUCUUUGUACUCUUCUCAAAUUUCUGGUACCAAGCAUACACUAAGGGGAAACGGCUACCCAAGACACAAGAAAAGGAUGGCAGACAAAAAGGUGUCAUCGCCAAUGGCAAACAUGUUGAAAAUGGGCACACCUAUUUGGAGAAUGGCACCACCCAGAAUGGAAAAAUAAAGGCAAAUUAACUGGAAAAGCAAAGUUUUCUUUCUAUUGAUUUUUUUUUUUUUUUAUAUAUAAACUAAGGAGAAAAGCUGGGCAGUUUUGAGUGUCACUUUCUUCUUUCACAAAGCAAUCCAUGACUACAGACUAUUUUGCAAGAGGAGAGAGUGGCGCCAGUUAUGUUUCCAAUACUAACACCGUAAAGAUCAAAGCUACCUGUAUUAAACACCUGUGGUGUUUUUUUCUUUCAGAAGAAACACUGAAUUGAUAUGACCUGUAUGUAUUGUAAAGUUGUAUUCACACAGAUAGAAGCCUCAACAUACAUUUUCAUUAAUGGUCAGAAUCCGAUGUAGCUGCAGUCAAAAGUACAGUUACUUGAACAGAAAAUUAAUUUGAUGUUGCUCACAACUCAACAAAAUUGUGAAGUUUAAAAGCAUUGCUGAUUAGUUGAUGCAGAACUUGUCCUGCACACUGAUACUAAGCAUUUUGUUGUGGAGCCACACCUCAGUUUUCUCUGCUAGCAGUACUUUUCUCUUAGUCCUAAUUACACCUAAUAUUAUUGAUCAUCCUCAUCUUGCAUUGAUAGCUGUAAAAUUGGUUUCACAGGCAGCUUUGCUGCCAAAUUUAAAAUGUUUAAAUGCCGUAUUGUUUGUGCCUCCAUCCCCCGUAACACCUCUUUAUUUCAGAGUUGUUCUGCUCUUAUGGAAGUUGCAGUCCAGCGUGACCGUUUCUAAAAGAGACAGCUUGAGGUGUUUGUGCUUUUUGUGAUAUAACUGUUUAAAGAAAGAAUAUAGUGUAACUGUGAAAUUCUUUCUUUUGAGGCUAAACAACUUAUGAGGACCUAUGACUGCUUUUCAUUUAAGUCAUUUAUACAAAAAUAAAUUAGAAAACUUCAUUAUGCCAUCCGCUGAUGUAGUAUGGCCUGUGCUGUGUCCAAGUACAGUGCAGAUGUCACACAUUGUUAAAUUUAAAGGUGUCUCAAGUCCUAACAGGCUGAUUGGUCCUCUGAAGAAACCACUUCUUUGUUUUUGAUCAGAAAGACUUUUUAUAUUUUCUGUCAGUUUACUUCAGUUAUGUGUGUGCCAUCCAUUUAUAUUUAUGUGCACUUUAUGCAUGACACUGCAUAAAUUGAACCAAACCCCCAAUCAAACCGCUGCCCAUGUUAAGGUGCCUUAGCUAUUUAAUUAUUAUAAAGAAGAAAGCCAAAGAAAAUAAAACAUUUUUAAAGAAGAG